AUGGAAGGUGUGACGUUGCAAGCAUGCCUUGCACUAGUAAUGUUCAUCACAACGUUAACAGCCGGCUUGGUGCCUUUAAAAGUAAGUCUUUUUACCCUACCCUACCCUACCCUACCCUACCCUACCCUACCCUACCCUACCCUACCCUACCCUACCCUACUCUCUCUUACUAUACAGUACCAGAAUUACUGUGAAAAGUUUCUUUUGGUACUUUAACUGGCUUUUUUGCUAGUACUUUAACAUUUUUGAAGUUACAGUAAAUGAAACAUUUUUUUGCUAAUUUUUGUCAUUUUUAAAUACACUUUCAUUAUAAAAUGACCUUUUUAAAUAGAAAUAAUAUUUUUCAGCUUCUACGUUACAUGGCCAAGCAAGGACAGCACGCUCAACGCCGACAUUCUUGGAUUCUAACGCUGUUAUCUUGUUUUGCCGGAGGCGUUUUCUUGGGAACUUGCUUCUUGGACAUUUUUCCUCACGUCAAGUAGGUUUUCUUUUUAGUCUUUGAAAUUUUAAGUGAUAAAUUUCAAAAAGUUCAGGGCAUCUUUCAUCGUAUAAAACGACUCCGCGGACUGCAAAACCUAAUUUCUUAAUAAAACUGCCAUUUUAGCCUAAAAGUUCAAUAAGUAAAUCAAAGUAAUGUUAAAAAGUUUAAAAAAUUUUAAUUUUAAUAAAAUUUAAGAACUGUCAACGAAAAAUGGCAGUUUUUUGGACACUUUUCAUCGUAUAAAACGACUCCGCGGGCUGCAAAACUUCUUUUUUUCAAUAAAACUGCCAUUUUUGAACUAAAAUUAUGAUUUUUAAGAUUAAAGUAAUGUAUUAAAUUGUAAAAUACGCUCCUUUUUUCUACUAAACCAAAUAAAAAAUUGUUUUAGACAUCAAAAUUUUAAAUUUAAAAAUUUUCAGUGGAAAUUUCGAAAAGUACAAGGAUACCUACGGAAUGAAGUUUGCUUACCCAUUACCUGAGUUUCUAGCUUGUAUGGGUUUCUUCUUGGUCUACUUUUUCGAAGAAAUCAGUCUGAAAGUGUUCUCAUCUCAUGGUCACACUCAUGGUCCAGCUACCUCUCCACAGUAAGUUGUUUUACAGUAAGACGAAGCUGUAUGUUACUAAAAGUAUUGAGUAAAAUACGGUGUUUUGCGCUUUUUUCAGAUUUUCAAAUAAAAAAAUGUAUAAAAGAUUGCUUGAAACGUUAUGCCAAGAAAAAUAAUUUGGCGGGAAAUUUAAAAUUUGAAUUUUACAAAUUUUAAAUUAACGUUAAUUUUGAAAUUAUUUUUAAAAUAAAAUUAAUUUACAUUUUUCAGGUCAUUCGACACCUCAGUGGAUCAUAACGAAAAAGCCAAUGGCUAUAACGGGGCAACCACGAUCGAUGUUGUAGUAGAUGAAGAAGAUGGCUUCAGGGACAGGAAGUUCAGCACAGUCGAGCCAUACCCGGCUGUUUUGACUCAUGAGUAUGUGUAAAAUACGGUUUCGGAUGUUUGUUGGUUUUUUUUUUAAUUUUAUAUUUAAAUUUCAAUUUAGAAAAUUAAAUUUUUUUGAAAUUUUUUGAAAUUUAAAUUUAAAAAAAAAUUUUUUUAUUUUGGCUACUGUAGUAGUAUGUAUUUCUAAAAAUUUUAUACUAAAAAUUUGUCUAUUUGUAAUCUUUUGCUCAUAAAAAUCGACCAAAACCACCUACAUCAAUAUAUUACUUUAGGCACGUGAUGGACGAAUCCGUUCGCUACGUAAACUCAGAAUCCUCGAGUGGCGGCAUCCUCAAGUCAAUCACCUUUGCCUUUGUAAUGUCAUUCCACUCAAUUCUGGAAGGAUUUGCCCUAGGUGUUCAAGAAGAAAAGUCCGGCAUCAUCACCUUGUUCAUCUCCCUGAUCAUCCACAAAGGGAUCGAAGCCUUCAGCGUGGGGCUACAAGUCUCUCGUGGCAUCAGCUCAUCGAAAAAGCAGAAGAAGAUUUUGGCCAACAUCUUAACCAUCUGUGUCUAUGCCCUAAUGACACCAGUCGGCUCAAUGUUGGGUGUUUUGUUGACAACAUGGGACAUUGAUCCUAUUAAGCGGGACAUGUUCGUCAUCAUUCUGGAAGGAUUCGCGGCAGGAACGUUCAUUUACGUAACGUUCUUCGAAGUGUUGGCUCAGGAGAAGGCCAACGACCAUUCAAAUCUGAUCCAAUUAGCCGCGAUUGUGCUUGGUUUCACCUGUAUUGCACUAUUACAACUGCAGGAGCAUCUCGGAAGGUAGGAUAAUAUGAUUUUGUUUUUGGUGUAGUUAAUUUUUAAAUUGGUUUUGAAUGUUGAAAAAGCGUAUAGGUAUGUAAUAGACUACUGGGAACAUUUUUGUAGUUUGCAACUUUUUGAUAGGACUACUGUAAGAUACAGUAUUUUAGAAUUUUUUGUGCUUAUCGUGAAUUUGAGCUCAUAUACUUAGAAAAAAGCUAACGUACCUUUGCAAAUAGGUAAUAGAAAAGGCUAAUAUUGCACAGCUAUAUAUAAUAGACUAUGGAGAAUAUUUUAGUAAUUGAUUGUUUUUUGGUAAGGCUACUGUAAAGUACCGUAUUUUAAACGUUUUUGGAAUAGGAUGAGUUUGGGUUUAUAUACCUUGAAAAAAGCUUAUGUAUCUUUGUAAAUAGGUCACAUAAAAAGUUAAAACUACACAGAUAUAUGUGUUAUGCUAUGGCAAACAUUUUUAUAGUUGACGACUUUUUGGUUUGAUUACUGUAAAGUACUGUAUUUGAAAUUUUACUUUGAAAAAGGGAUGUUUUUUGGGGUAAAACGGCCUGUUUUGGUCUUUUUCAAUCAUUUACAUUUGUUAGAGUAUGAAAAAAAAUUUUUUUGUAUUUACAUUAUCUUAUAGUACCUAACAAAGUCCUUUUCAAUAAGAAAACUUUUUUUUCAGUGGAGGCCACGGACAUGCGCACGGUUAG